AUGCGUGAGAUUCUCCACAUUCAGGGCGGCCAGUGCGGAAACCAGAUCGGCUCCAAAUUCUGGGAGGUCGUGUGCGCCGAGCACGGCAUCGACGCCACAGGCCGCUAUCAUGGCGACUCGGAACUCCAGCUCGAGAGGGUCAACGUCUACUACAACGAGGCCAGCGGCGGCCGAUUUGUCCCCCGUGCGGUGCUCAUGGACCUCGAGCCCGGGGUCAUGGACAGCCUCCGAUCCGGGCCCUACGGCCAGAUCUUCAGGCCCGAUAAUUUCGUGUUCGGGCAGUCUGGGGCCGGGAACAAUUGGGCGAAAGGGCACUAUACGGAGGGUGCCGAGCUGAUUGAUUCGGUCCUCGAUGUUGUCAGGAAGGAGGCCGAGAACUGCGAUUGCCUGCAAGGUUUUCAAGUGUGCCAUUCAUUGGGAGGUGGGACUGGGUCCGGGAUGGGUACCUUGUUGAUCUCGAAAAUAAGAGAGGAAUAUCCGGACAGGAUGAUGCUCACAUUCUCGGUUUUCCCAUCGCCCAAAGUUUCCGACACAGUCGUGGAGCCUUAUAAUGCAACAUUAUCCGUUCAUCAGCUUGUUGAGAAUGCAGAUGAGUGUAUGGUUCUUGAUAAUGAGGCCCUUUACGACAUUUGCUUCAGGACACUUAAGCUCACAACUCCUAGCUUUGGUGACUUGAACCACCUGAUCUCGGCCACCAUGUCCGGUGUCACUUGCUGCCUCCGAUUCCCUGGCCAACUCAACUCUGACCUCCGAAAGCUCGCCGUGAACCUAAUCCCAUUCCCCCGACUCCACUUCUUCAUGGUGGGCUUCGCCCCACUCACAUCCCGUGGGUCCCAACAGUACCGAUCCCUAACAGUCCCCGAGCUAACCCAACAGAUGUGGGACGCAAAAAACAUGAUGUGUGCAGCCGAUCCACGACACGGCCGUUACUUAACGGCCUCGGCAAUUUAUCGGGGCAAAAUGAGCACUAAGGAAGUAGACGAGCAGAUGCUGAACGUGCAGAACAAGAACUCGUCUUAUUUUGUCGAGUGGAUUCCGAACAACGUGAAGUCCACUGUUUGUGAUAUACCGCCGAUCGGGCUCAAGAUGGCCUCGACUUUCGUGGGGAACUCGACGUCGAUUCAGGAGAUGUUUCGGAGGGUGAGCGAGCAGUUCACCGCUAUGUUUAGGAGGAAGGCGUUUUUGCAUUGGUAUACGGGGGAAGGUAUGGAUGAGAUGGAGUUUACGGAGGCUGAGAGUAAUAUGAAUGAUUUGGUGGCCGAGUAUCAGCAGUAUCAGGAGUUCACCGCUAUGUUUAGGAGGAAAGCGUUUUUGCAUUGGUAUACGGGGGAAGGUAUGGAUGAGAUGGAGUUUACGGAGGCUGAGAGUAAUAUGAAUGAUUUGGUGGCUGAGUAUCAGCAGUAUCAGGAGGCGACUGCUGACGAGGAAGGAGAGUAUGAGGAAGGAGAGUACGAGGAAGGAGAGUACGAGUGA